GCAAAUGGGAAUCUGAAUCCGAGUGCCAUUUGAGCAUGUGUUAUCCAGUCAAAGCCACGCAGCAUUACGUGCUUGAAAAAUUUUAGAUAUUUCAGGAAUCGCCAUUGCAUACGCAGCCCAUGGAUAAUCCGCAACUGCUGUUACGGAUUCUGGGUGUCUCUUAGUUCCACACCUCGUCACAAUUUAAACCAGUGUGAAGCCAUCUUUUUUUAUUUUUUUCCCCCUCGAAGAAGAGGAUCAAGAACGAGGGUUCCGGAUUCCUUUGUAAAUUGCGACAAGCUCCUGUUUGGGAGGAGGUGAGAAAUGGGUACUGUCGAUGAAGAUAGAUCUCCAACAAACAAGGGGAAGUAUGCAGCGAUGGUUGUGUGUUGGCUUCUUGGGAACGGCUGCCUGUUCUCAUGGAAUAGCAUGCUAACAAUAGAAGAUUAUUAUGUCUACUUGUUCCCGAAAUACCACCCCUCAAGAGUUCUAACUCUUGUCUACCAACCUUUCGCACUUGGAACACUUGCGGUGUUAGCAUACAAUGAGGCAAAGAUCAACACUAGACAGCGGAAUCUAUUUGGAUAUCUUCUUUUCUUCAUUAGUACUCUUCUGGUUCUAGUUUUGGAUUUAGCUACAUCUGGGAAAGGAGGGAUUGGAACUUUUAUUGGAAUAUGCGCCAUCAGCGGUGCUUUUGGAGUUGCAGAUGCUCAUGUGCAAGGUGGAAUGGUCGGAGAUCUUUCUUUCAUGCGACCUGAAUUUAUUCAGUCUUUCCUUUGUGGUUUGGCUGCAUCUGGUGCCUUAACUUCAGCAUUGAGGUUAAUUACAAAAGCUGCGUUUGAGAAGUCCAAGGAAGGUCUACGCAAGGGAGCUAUUAUGUUCUUUGCAAUAUCUUCAUUUUUUGAGCUUCUCUGUGUUCUGCUUUAUGCAUUCAUCUUUCCAAGACUACCAAUUGUCAAAUACUACCGCUCAAAGGCAGCUUCCGAGGGAUCUAAAACAGUGUCAGCGGACCUUGCUGCUGGUGGUGUUCAAGCAUUACCUUGCCAAGAAGCUGAGGAGGAUCCAAAGCAGCUUGAGCGUUUCAGCAACAAAGAGUUGCUAAUCCAAAACUUUGAUUAUGCUGUCGAUAUGUUUUUGAUCUAUGCGUUGACGUUGUCUAUUUUCCCGGGAUUCUUAUCUGAGGAUACUGGAUCCCACCGUCUGGGUGCAUGGUAUGCACUUGUAUUGAUAGCAAUGUACAACGUGUGGGAUCUCAUAGGGAGAUACAUUCCACUCGUGAAAUUUCUUAAGAUGGAGUCAAGAAAAGGGCUGAUGACGGCAAUCCUCUCCCGUUUCCUUUUAGUUCCUGCGUUUUACUUCACAGCCAAAUACGGGGACCAAGGCUGGAUGAUAAUGCUCACAUCAUUCUUGGGGUUAUCAAACGGUUACCUCACUGUUUGUGUCCUUACUUCAGCACCAAAAGGUUAUAAGGGUCCGGAGCAAAAUGCUUUGGGAAACCUGCUCGUGUUGUUUCUUUUAGGGGGCAUAUUUGCAGGAGUGACACUCGAUUGGUUGUGGCUCAUAGGCAAAGGCUGGUAAAAUUGCUCUUGGUGAACUGCCUGCAGGAGCUGUAUUCUUCCUUAUGGCGAGUAUUCAUUUGACAAAGUACAAUGUAGCUAGCCAUCAAAUCAGUUCUCAAGCAUUCAUUGGAACAUUGCUUUUUGAAUAUACAUCUCAUAAUUUAUUAGGAUACUAUGUGCGUUCGCAAUGAACGACAAUCCAUGCAUUGUUUUAG